ACUGAAUUGAACGAAGAAGUGCAUUCUUUUCGCUGCUUCCUGUUGCUAGGACAACAAGGCUACGAAGCGGAACCAUAAUUACUCGCCCUUGACAACCCGGAAUGUUUCCCAGCGCACACAACCCGGAAGUGAGGAGCACGUUUACGUGUUUGAAGCAAAAGUAGCCAAGAAGACAACAGUAGAGUAUUUUCUAAUCAACACUAGAGUAUUUUCUAAUCAACAGUAAAGUAUGUCGGACAACGAAGACAACUUCGAUGACGGAGAUUUUGAUGACGCCGAAGAGGAUGAGGGAUUAGAUGAUCUGGGUAAUGCGGAAGAUGAGGAUCGAGAGAAUGUGCAGAUCCUACCUGCACGGGAGGGCCAGCAAGCCAACCAGAAGAGAAUAACAACACAAUACAUGACCAAAUAUGAGCGAGCCAGAGUUUUGGGCACCAGAGCUCUCCAGAUAGCGAUGUGUGCACCUGUCAUGGUGGAGCUGGAAGGAGAAACUGACCCGUUACAAAUCGCCAUGAAAGAGCUCAAGUGCGGCAAGAUCCCCAUCAUCAUCCGCAGGUACCUUCCAGAUGGGAGCUACGAAGACUGGGGCUGCGACGAGCUCAUCAUAAGCGACUAAGUAAGACGUAAAGCUGGCCACAAACUGUAAAUAUUGCUUCCUCUAAAGCUGGCCAGUGACUUUUAGUACGGAAACAACAAUUACAAGUAAGCGCCACAAGAUGGAGACAGAACUUAAAUUGAACAUUUGACAAAAUAAGCCUGUUUUUGUUUUGGUGGAGACAUGUGAUUGUUGUAAAAGAAAUGUUUUAUUGUUUUGAAUAAACCUCUGUAUUAAUAAGCUAGUCUGUCGUAAUCUACCAACACUGGUCCUGUUUGUAGGGAAGUCGGGUUUGUUAUGUAAAAAUUUAUCUGACCACACAUCCGUUCACUCGGAGCAAGAAAGGCAGAAUUUCAGAAGUUUCCCAAACCAUCAUCAGGUGAUAGACUGUAUUGACCGCAGCAGGAAACUGAAAUGUUGCUUAUCAUUCACAAACCUUAUGUGAGACAAGAAAACAUGUUUUUUAAUGCAUUCUAACUUGUAAAUAAAUGCUAGCAAAAGUCAUCUAACAA